AUGGCGGGAGCUGCGGAGGAGCGCGAGCCGGGCCCCGCGGUGGGAGAGCAGUUGCAGGAACAACAUGUCGCGUGCCAGGUUUUCCCCGAGCGGCUGGCCGAGGGGAAGCCACUACGAGGGUUCAUUUCCAGUUUAAGCAAGGACCAGAAGUGCCAGCUCAUGCUUCAGAAGACGUUGGAGACAAAUCCAUAUGUCAGACUUCUACUUGAUGCGAUGAAGCACUCUGGUUGUGCUGUUAACAAAGAAAGACACUUCUCUUGUGAAGAUUGUAGUGGAAAUGUCAGUGGAGGUUUUGAUUCUUCAUCAUCUCAGAUUGUUUUGUGCCAAAAUAAUAUCCGUAACCAGGCCCAUAUGAACAGAGUGGUCACCCACGAGCUCAUUCAUGCUUUUGACCAUUGUCGUGCGCACGUUGACUGGUUUACCAAUGUCAGGCAUUUGGCCUGCUCAGAGAUUCGAGCUGCUAACCUCAGUGGAGACUGCUCACUUAUAAAUGAAAUAUUCAGGUUACAUUUUGGAUUAAAACAACACCAUCAGACUUGUGUACGAGACCGAGCCAUUCUUUCUAUCCUGGCUGUUAGGAAUAUCAGCAGAGAAGUAGCUCAAAAGGCUGUUGAUGAAGUUUUUGAAUCUUGUUUCAAUGACCAUGAGCCUUUUGGAAGGAUCCCCCAUAGCAAAACGGAUGCAAGAUACGCUCAUAGAGACUUUCAGAAUCGUGACCGGUAUUAUUCAAAUAUAUGA